AUGCAUUUAACGGGAGUUUUGUGGAUUAUUAAAAAUGUACAAGGAUUAUUUGAAUAUUGUGAUUAUCGAUUACAAUUAAAUUCGUCAAUGCCGAAAAUUUAUAUAAAUUCACCAAAUUAUCCAAAUAAUUAUCCGUCCGGUUCAUCGUGCCGAUUUCUUAUAAAAACUUCAUCAUCAGAUUAUCGUAUAAAAUUCAAUUGCAGAAUUGAUUUUGAUAAGAAUUCGGAUAACAGUUGCAGUACAGAAAAUUUUUAUUUUAAUAAUCAAGGUUCAACAGUAAUACCAGGUUCUGAAUUUUUUUGUGGUAAUGGUAAUUUUAAAAGAAAAAGUGUUAAUGAUAAAGCAACAAUAUCAUAUAUUUCGACAAGUUCAAAUCAAACUGGUUGGUUUUCAUGUUUAGCUGAAAUGGAACGAAUAAAUUGUAAUUGCGGAUGGAGUAAUCCAAAUUCAAAUCAAGUAAGCGCAAGAAUUGUUGGUGGAAAACCAUCAAAAGUUAAUGAAUUCCCAUUUUUGGUUGGUAUUCUUCAUUUAGCAUACCAAAGGAUAUUUUGUGGCGCCACAAUAAUACAUAAAAAAUAUUUGCUAUCAGCUGCACAUUGUUAUUCAAGUAAUGAAACAAAUGAUCCAGAAGAAUUAAAUGCACUAGUUGGAGACAAUGAUUUUACAAUAAGGAAUCGCUUUACAAAACUUUAUGAUAUCGAAUAUAUUAUUUAUCAUGAAGAUUAUGAUUCAGAUAAAGUUACAAAUGAUAUUGCAAUUUUAAAGACAACAAAAGAUAUUGCAUUUAAUUCUGGUGUAGGGCCAGCAUGUUUACCAUUUAAAUUUUCAACAAAAGAUUUUGUAGGUUCUAAAGUUAUUACAGGUGGUUGGGGUACCAUUAGUUUUGGUGGUCUACAACCAAAUUCUCUGCAAAAAGUCAAUUUAGAUAUAAUUUCAAUAAUGGAAUGUCAAGUAAAAAUUAAACAUUUAAAUUUUGGACAAUUUUGUACAUUUACAAAAGGUAAAGAUGCUUGUCAAUUUGAUUCUGGUGGUGGUUUAUUUUAUAAAUCAAAUGGAUUAUAUUAUGUUGUUGGUAUUGUUAGCUUUGGAUUUUCAUGUGCUACAAAUUUUCCAUCAGUUAAUACAAGAGUUAGUACAUAUUUAUUUUGGAUUCAAAAUAAAUUACAAGAUGUAAAAUUUUGUCGCAAACUUAAUUUAGUUUCUGUUUAA